GUGACUGUCAAUGGCUGAGGACAACGUGAAACUAUUGGGUGCAUGGCCGAGCCCGUUCGUCAUGCGAGCGAGGAUCGCCUUGAAUAUCAAGUCCGUCACCUACGAGUUUCUCCAAGAAAUGUUCGGAUCCAAAAGCCAACUCCUCCUUCAAUCCAACCCUGUCUACAAGAAAAUCCCAGUUCUCAUCCACGCCGACAAACCCAUCUGUGAAUCCCUCAACAUCGUUCACUACAUCGACGAGAUCUGGACCUCCGGACCUUCUAUCCUCCCUUCCGACCCUUACGACCGCGCCAUAGCCCGCUUCUGGGCCUCCUACAUCGACGACAAGUGGUUCACCUCUCUGAGUGGGAUAGGAAGAGCUCAGAGUGAAGAGGCGAAAGUGGCAGCUAUCCAUCAAGUGAAGGAGGGGUUGGUGUUGCUGGAAGAAGCGUUCCACAAAUGUAGCAAAGGGAAGAGCUUCUUCGGUGGAGAGAGGAUCGGGUACCUCGACAUCGCCUUUGGUUGCUUCUUGGGUUCGACCAGAAUGGCUGAGAAGCUCAACGGAGUGAAGAUCCUUGACGAAACCAAGGCGCCUGCUCUGGUAGGAUGGGCGGAGCGUUUCUGUUCGGAUCUGGCAGUGAAGGAUGUGAUGCCGGACACGGAGAAGCUGGUGGAGUUCGUUAAGAUGAUGCAUGCCAAGGCCAAAGCUCCUCCUCCCAGUUAA